CAACCACAGUCAAAAAUCUCCACACAGCCGCAAAAUUAGCGUAAGCUUUCGCCAUCGGCAAUGGAAUCGCUGAUACUGCAGCUUCACGAUAUCUCCGCCGUGAAGUUCGGGAACUUCAGGCUGAAAUCCGGCAUCUCCUCGCCAAUGUACAUCGACCUCCGCCUCGUCGUCUCUUAUCCUUACCUACUCCGCCGAGUCUCGAACGCCCUCGCCGCGGUGAUCCCUCCCUCCGCCCGGUACGACCUCGUCUGCGGCGUCCCGUACACCGCUCUCCCCAUUGCCACCUGCUUUUCUGUGUCCGCCGAUGUCCCGAUGGUCAUGCGCCGCAAAGAGGUCAAGGACUACGGCACAGCCCGAGCAAUUGAGGGGGCCUACAGGCAAAAUCAAGCUUGCCUCAUAAUUGAAGACCUCGUCACGAGCGGCGCCUCCGUGCUCGAGACGGCGGCGCCGCUCCGUGCGGCAGGCCUGAAUGUCACCGACGCGGUUGUUAUGAUUGAUAGGGAACAGGGAGGGAGGGAAAAUUUGGCAGAAAAUGGGAUUACAUUACACUCAAUGGUGAAGCUGAGUGAGAUGGUAAAGAUAUUGAAGGAGAAGGGGAGGGUUUCAGAGGAUACAGAGAAAAUGGUCGUAAAAUUCUUGAAGGAGAACCAAAAGCUGCCAGUACCAGUGGCAGCAGCUUCUGAGAAAAUGGUGAGAGUCAGACUUUCUUAUGAAGAAAGAGCGAAGAUGGCAAGGAACCCGACAGGAAAGAAAUUGUUUGAGAUAAUGGUGAAGAAGGGGACUAACUUGUGCCUGGCUGCUGAUGUUUCCACUGCUGCUGAGUUGCUUGACAUUGCAGACAAGGUUGGGCCCGAGAUAUGCAUGUUGAAAACCCAUGUGGAUAUAUUGCCUGAUUUCACUCCUGAUUUUGGACCUAAACUUCACUCGAUUGCAGAGAAACAUAAUUUCUUAAUAUUUGAAGAUCGCAAGUUUGCUGACAUCGGUAACACAGUCACAAUGCAGUACGAGGGAGGUGUCUUCCAUAUAUUGGAAUGGGCAGAUAUUGUGAACGCUCAUAUAAUUUCCGGUCCAGGAAUAGUAGAUGGGCUAAAACUAAAGGGUUUACCACGUGGCAGAGGUUUGUUGUUGCUUGCUGAGAUGAGUUCAUCUGGUAACCUCCUUAAGGGUGACUACACAGCUGCAGCUGUGAAAUAUGCCGAAGAUAAUCCAGAUUUUGUAAUUGGAUUCAUAUCUGUGAACCCUGCUUCAUGGCCUGGCGGGCCAGGAAACCCGUCCCUUGUUCAUGCAACACCUGGUGUUCAAAUGGUAAAAGGUGGAGAUGAGUUAGGCCAAAAAUAUAGCACCCCAAGCUCUGUAAUUUCAGACAGGGGCAGUGACAUCAUUAUAGUUGGCCGUGGAAUUAUAAAGGCAGCAAACCCUGUAGAUGCAGCUCGGGAGUAUCGCCUUCAAGGAUGGGAUGCAUAUUUAGCCAGUUGCAAGUGAAAACUGCCACUGAUUGCUCGAAUUUCUGUAAGAAACUUCCAGCCAAGUAUUGAGGAUUCAGUUUCAUGUUCAUGUAUGUGGAGCUUAUUUUUAGAAACGGGAUGAUUGCAUGAAACUAUGAAUUCAACGUUAAGUUUUAACUUGUGCGAAUUAAAUAAAAAUUCUCUCUUUUAGAAUCGGGAGAAUCGGCAAUUUCUCAAUGAUGUGUUUCUAUUUACAAACUGUAACUAUAGAUUGGAACUACUCAUAGAACAAACAUAAAUCUCCUGUGUCUUUGUAAUAUCCGCAGCAUUUUUGUAAUAUCUAAAGCAGCGACGGAUCCAGAAGUUUUCAUGAGUGAGGGCAAAAAUUAAUUGAAAUUUUUUUAUGACCAUAUUGCACCAAAUGCUUACAUUGACAAUUAAUAAAUCGUUGAAGUAAUCGUGUUGAG